GGGUACAAUGAGAUUAUGACGGACAUAACCUCUAGAACUACCUUUUGAAAAUAUUGUCUAUUCUUUUAUGGUACUCCGACUAGAGCAUCAAAGGCCAUAUAUUUCUAAACUUUCUAUUAGAAUACUAUAAUUGAAACAUCUCUAUACCAAUAUUUGAGGUUGGUUGAGUGAUCGAGGUCCAUUCUAAUCUCAGCAGAGUUCGGUUUCCUAAACAUGGAAUGCUCGAUACUUAAGUCUUUGAUAUCGGCAUUUGAGAAACAAAGAGUCGAAAUUCGUUUCGCUAUUUCUCUUUCUGGGAUAGUUCAGCUGGAUGAAGUUUGUAUUCACAAACUAGCUUUUUACCCUUCACUAACAACAGUAGGUUUCUUUAACACAAAUCUAUUUUAUGCUGGGACAACGUCUGACGUGCGGUAAUUUGGAGUCCAAUUGAAGUAUCAUUGGACAAUCCGCGUUGUCUUCCAUAAUGGGUGUGUACAAUUGGCAUCUUUUGAUAUGUGAAGUCCUUCCAAAAAGUGAACAAUUUUAAUAACCGAAAGUAAAACAUGAAGCUUCAUUCAUUUUGAAAGUGUACGUACGCACAACACUCUAUCCAGGCCUGUAUGGAAAAGUUAUUUAUGACAGCACCAUCAAAACCUCAUACGGUAAUGAACAUCUUAAGCUAGCAAAUUCAUAAGAAAAAAAGCAACCCAACAAUGUCUAUAAUUUAAGAUUAUUACAUAGAGUUGGAGAAACAAAAUUACCCCGCAAAUCAAUGAUUUUACUUGCCUAAAUACCUCUGCCAAUCAACUCAACAAAGACAUGCAUCGUGUGCGCUUUAAAAUUGCACAAAGCGAACUGUAGACACACAAGGAAUGAUGAAACCGAAACUCAAGUCAGCUUUAAAUCAAAGUGAACUGCAUUUAUAGGAAGAACUAAGUGAAGAAAGGGAAACGCCAGGCAGCGUCGAGUAAGCGCAAACACAGAGGCAUCUAUGAAAAAAUGCCGCCUCUAAACGAAGUGCUACGAGUAAACUGGAAUUUGCAAAUCAUAUCAUGUAUCGUCGUGCUGCUCACAACACAGAGCAUACAGCUAGCCCACUGUAUCGACUGCUUCAAAUGCGUCUCAUUCAACGGCGCCAACAAGGCAUGCGACGAUCCCUUCCACAACAACUAUUCCACCGCCAUACUGGAAUCACCGUGCAUGGGCGGACGAAAGGGACGUAACGGUUUAUUUCCGGCGACGGCCUGUAUCAAAAUCGCCGGGAUUUAUGAUGAUACCGGCGAAUCGAUAACGGUACGAGGUUGCGCGCUGGACAGCGGUACACUCACCACGGACACGGAAAUCAUACGUAUGUCACAUUGUGGCAAAUUCUACUACGAUGACAGAUACGUACACGGCUGCUUGCAGAGCUGCAACGAUGCGGACGCAUGCAAUCAUGCGGUAGCCAACUAUAAAAGCUCUCCGCAAACACUGUGGCAUCAGUGCAGCUUAGCGUUAUUGACAUUCAUAGCGUUACAUGAACAUCUGCUCGGCCUAAUCAGGUAGCAGUGUAACUGUAGUUACUAGAACGUGUACAUUGGCGCAGCGGGACGACGUGUUGCAAGUCAUAACUCGAUGGUGAAGCGCUGUGUUGGGAUCAUACGUAGUACACAUACAUACUAUACAAGCAAAUAGACACAAUGUGAAUUUACAAAUAGGUUUAAGCGUUAUUGUGCUGCUAUACAAUGGUUCAAAAGCAAGCAAUUUACAUUCUCACCCACACACAAAUAUGUAUAAAUAAUCACACACAUGCAUAGAUAUGUGUUCGUAUGUAUAAAACUGCAAGCUAUUCGAAUUGAAAAUGUAUGUAUGGAAAAAACAAAAACAAAACGCAAUCAAUUUUCAUCAAAUCCAAUUUGUGCGCAAGCAUGAAGCUCACUAUGUUUUCUUAUGAAACGCACGAAACUUUUUUGCUUUGCAAAUAGCAUAAUUGGAAAUUUUAUAUGUGAUUUGCACAAAAACAAAAAAAUAAUUGAAAACUAAAUGAAAACAUAAUCAUCUAAGUAAUGCCAUAUGUGUCUAGGACUCGACUAAAAACGAAACUUCUCAAGUGCUAUAUAUUAGUUUGUAAAUUGAGUAUUAUUCUGGUAGUUAAAUUAUUGUCCAAAUUUCUAUGAAUUUCUUAUUAGUGUUUAGUGGUAGUAUUUUUUUCCAAUUAUUUAAUUUAAUUUGAAUUAUAUUUUUUUAUUUGUUGCCAAUAAUAUGUACUACAAGCCUUAAUGUAGGCAACGGAACCAAUCGUAUCGUGAUACGAGCAAAAUCAUCCCAAAAGUAGGCAACCUUUUUUUCUAAAAAUAGAGAAAUUAUACCGAAAUGCUUUUCCGGCAAAAACUCCCACAUUACCGUAACAAAUUAGAGACGUAUUUUGCCCAUAAACACCAAAAUCUUUGAUCUACAAACCUGAUAUAUUUAUAUGUAAACAGGUUGCUUUUAGUUCUUCUUUCAAAUUGGAGUCAAAAAUAAGAAGAAGAGAAGUGAGGUCGAAGCUUCUCGUUAUAUUAUUUUCAUUACAUAAUAGUCCUCCUUGGAGUGUACAAAUAAAGUGUUAAUGCAUGAUUGAGAUUUUUAUGAAAUUUUAUUAAUAAUAAUUUUAUUAAUGAUAAUACUCGGGUAUGAAGUCUUCUUACGACCACAAAUAAAACCCUGUACUUACGAGCUCCGCCAUAAUAAUUAUUGUAGAUAAUACAAUCUUACCUUGGGGGUCCUAUAUCAGAGAAACGAAUCCUUUGGAAAAAGUUUUGAAUCACAUGAAGAGGCUAUCUAACGAGUAUUGCAUUGUUUGGCGACGAAUAUCGAAUAAAAUGAAAACUGAUUCAAUAAAUCAAUAGUUCACCUGAUUAUCGAUUAACGUUCUAAAUCCAUUCCCAUUUCUAUCUCUAAUCAAUUACUUAUAACUAAAAAUAUUUAUGAACAGGUUGUUAGGAAAUAAUAGGAGUGCCAAGUGACUUCAUGGAUAAUGGUGAAAAAAAUAAUAUAAAUGUUAGUUGAUUGUUUCGAAUUUAUUUUGUUAUCUAACAAUUUUUUGCACCUUUGGAGGGAUAUGAGCAAACUGCUUUUACUGUCUCCCAAUUCUACUUAAUAUUUAUAGGAACCACAUUAGCGAUUUCAUUUUGUAUGUUGGUCCACAAAUUUUGGGUCGGAUUGAGAUCAGGAGACUGGCACGAAUUCUUCGUCACUUUGUUAGUAUGCUUCGGUUCAUUAUCUAGCUAGAAGACCCAAACCAAUCGCAUUACAUCACUAGCACAUGGUGGCAUGAAUUCCUUCAUAAUUAUGACUUAAACAUGCCCUUCCAUGAAAUCUUUGACCCAGUGUAUUUGCCCUACACCGUAGUAGAAAAAGCAGCCCACACCAUUAUGUUCAUACCAUCAAGUCUUUAACUGUAUUUAUGUAAUGGUCUGGAUUAAAUUCGGGUUUGAGUGGUUUUUUUAGAUACCAGCGAAAACUUUUCCACCAAACAGAACAAUUUUGGAUGCAUCAGACCACAGAAUGUUACACCAUUUUUCUGAUGCUUAAGCAAUGUGUAAUUUUGCAAUUGAAUUCGUGCUGCUAGGUGUUUCUUUAUACGAAAAUAAAAUUUCCUCGGGGUACGGACUUUUAAAUUAUUAUUAUUCAAUCAUUUGCUAAAAUUUGGGAUAUUUUAUAUAUUUUUUAAGCUUAAGAAAGGAUGGUGCCUCGUGUAUUAGUUAUGCACGUAAGUUUAUUUGAUAUAAAUUGUGGUUUCUUGCGUGUUUCAGCUUUUGACGCAUAUUUAAUAGAAUUUAGUUCCAUCGAAAUAUCGCACCCGAUAAAAAUUUUGUACGUUUUUCCAUGAGAAAUUAAUUUUUGAAUUAAUAAACGUUGCUCAUAACUUUAAAAUGAAAUGAUGUACCACAAUGAUUCGUUCAGAAGGUAGUAAAAAUAUAUGUUAAGGUACUUUUGUAUCACCUAAGUGACAAAGAACGAUUAAUUUUUAAUUUUCUGCUGAUUUCAAAUAAACUCUCCUAUUAUUUUGACUAGCCAAAGAUUGAAGUUAAUUAAGAAAUUCGUUAAUUUUCGGAAAUAUAAAAAGAUGUAGACAAAAAUAAUGCUGCUUCUUAUUUUUAAAUUAAAUAAAAAAGUAUAUUGUUUUAGCCACCAUUUCUGAAAUAUUUACAAAGCAACACUGUUUCGAUUAAUCGAUCGAUUAACAAAUUAUCGAUUAAAAAUCUAAAAUCCACUUACAAAGUUUGUAAUUUUUGACAACCAUUGAAUUUUUUUAAGUUAAACCUGAUCGAUUUAUCGAUAUCUCAACUGAUUAUCGACUACAAAUAAAACUUGUGUAACUGUCCGUUAAAGCCGCGUUUUCCAGAAUGUUUAAAGCAAAUACUGAUCCGAAAACUCCACAUUUAAAUUGAAAUUAAAUUUCUUUAACUUAAUUAUUUUUUGAAAUAAAUAUUUUAUAACAAAUUUCUUUUAAUUGAAAUAUAUUUUUUGAUAACACAACUUGUUUAAUUACUUACUACCACUAAUCUCUUCGAAACUGUUAAAACUUUUUUGUCUAAAAUUCAUUUCUAACCUAUAGUAUAUAUCAUCACUAGCAUUUUAUAUAUAACACUCCCAUAUUUAAACUAAAAUUGUACAUAUACACAACAUAAAUAUAAUAUUGUAUUAUAAUUUAAAAAGAAAAACGUUAGUAUAGUGAAAAUUGUUUCGAAAUUAGUAAUUAAACAAAUACGCCUCUUAGUAGUUUUUUCAAAAAAUAAUACGAACAACGCUGUAUUUAUGUAUUUACAUAAAAUUUCGCAUAGUAAAAACUUAAUUUAAAUGAAUUUGUGAAGCGUAGAAAAAAUGAAUGCAAUUAAAUAAUAAUAAUUUUAAAUUAGUUUUAGCCAAGCACAAGCGAAAUUUUAACUUAGAAAACAUAUGAGUAUCUGUUAUGGCAUAAAGCGAUUUUUUCAGUGAUUACGUGAAACAAUAAUUUUGCGCAAUUUGCAAAAACACAGUAAAUUAAAAUACAUAAUUAAAAAAAAUAAAAAUGAUUUUUAACACAACAAAUAAAAGGUAUGGCAUUUAGUCUAAAUUAAGCCAUAAUUAUAGUAUUCAAACGAAGUUAUUGUGUAAUAAAAAGCUUUUGCGCAAAAAGUGAGGUUAGUAAUAAAAAAUUAAUAUUUCUUUCGCGCACGCACUCAAUUUUCAGCGUUUUUCUAUUUGCACACAUACAUUUAUAAAUAGUUGUACAUACAUAAUUAAUGAAUUUCAUAUUGAACACAUAACGCAAAUAUUUAAUAACUAUUGAUAAUAAGGCUUCAAACGAGUGAGCUUUAAUGGUUUCCUAAACUCAAAACUCAUAAAAUAAAAGUAUUGUAUAUAAGCUAAGCGGCUUUUGUUAGAACUUGUAUUGUACUUUUCUAAAUAAAAAGCAAAAAAAAAUUUAAAAAUCAAAUAUUGAAAAUCGCAUUAAGCUUGCAGCAAAGCAAUAAGCAUAAUUGAAAUUAUAGAAUUUACGCAUUUUCACUUAUAGGCAACUUAAAAACUCGCAAAUGGCACAUACACAUACACACACGCAUACAUAUUUAUACAUAUAAUGCA